UAAACAGGCAAUAGUUCAUCGGAUUUCAUUAACGAAUUGGAGUAAAGAAGUUCGUGUUUGCACGUGUUUGUAUAUACCCCAAUACUAAUGGCAAUAUUAUAUAGUAAAAAUCCGUAUGUUCGAUACAUACGAAGAAAGCCCUGGGCUCUUAUAGGUCCCUUGGCAUUUCUACUAGUAUUAUACUUAUUAUUAUCAUCAUCAUCUUCACCUUCAUCUUCUGGGACUAAUGGAUCUAAAAAAUAUAGUUAUAGUAAGAAAUCCAGAGGUUGGUUUGCUAAAAAUAGAGAUUCGGUUGUAUUAAAGAAUUUACCAAAGAAUCAUAUCAGUCAUUAUGAUUUAAAUGAAUUAACUACUUCAUCUGAUGCAUUAGCUAAAAGAGAAGAAGUAUUAAUUUUAACUCCAAUGUCUAAAUUUUUACCUCAAUAUUGGGAAAAUUUGAAUAAAAUUAAUUACGAUCAUUCAUUAAUUUCUUUAGGAUUCAUUAUUCCUAGAAAUGAGGAUGGAGAUGCAACACUUAAGAAAUUAGAAGCUGCUGUCAAGAAGGUUCAAAGUAGUGAUGCCAAAACCAAAUUUAAAAAAGUUACUAUCUUAAGACAAGAUUCUAAUUCAUUAGAAAGUCAAGCAGAAAAGGAUAGACAUGCAUUAAAGGUUCAAAAGGAAAGAAGAUCUAUGAUGGCUCUUGCAAGAAAUUCUUUAGUAUUUACAACCAUUGCUCCAAGUACUUCUUGGGUAUUAUGGUUAGAUGCUGAUAUUGUUGAAACCCCACCUACCUUAAUUCAAGAUUUGGCACUUCAUAGUAAACCUAUACUUUCAUGUAAUGUGUAUCAAAGAUAUGUUGAUGAAAGUACAGGACAAGAUUCGAUUCGUCCUUAUGAUUUCAAUAAUUGGGUUGAAUCUGAAGAAGGUUUAAAGAUUGCUGCUGGUUUAUCAGAAGAUGAUAUUAUUGUAGAAGGAUAUGCUGAAAUGGCAACUUAUAGACCAUUAAUGGCACAUUUCUAUGAUGCUAAUGGUGAUAAAAAUACAGAAAUGGCUUUAGAUGGUGUAGGAGGUGGAGCAGUUUUGGUUAAAGCCGAUGUGCACCGUGAUGGGGCCAUGUUCCCAUCAUUCCCCUUCUAUCAUUUGAUUGAAACAGAAGGGUUUGCCAAAAUGGCCAAGAGAUUAGGUUAUGAAGUAUUUGGCUUACCCAAUUACUUAGUCUAUCACUACAAUGAGUAGUGUAUUUUUUAUAAACUAUCAUAUACAUUCAUUAUACAUAUACACAUAUACUAAUACUAACUAAUAUAAUAAGACUUACUAGUAUACUUAUACUUAUACUUAUACUUAUACUUAUACUCAUACUUAUAUUAGACUCAUACUUAUACUCAUACUUAUAUUAGACUCAUACUUAUA